AUGCCAUGUAAAGAGAAGUGCUCUGGAUACACAUUCAGAGGAUCCUCAAGCAAGCCCGUGAUUGUGGGCUACUGGCUGAAUAAGAACAUCAGCUCCCUCGUAGCUACAAAUAACCCCAACACGACUCUAGGUCAUAACACCAAGGACAUAGUCCAUGAUACUGGGAAUCUUGAAGAACAAGGCUGUACCCAGCUGACCCAGGAUGCACUCGAAAGGGACAACAAGACAUACUUGUUCUAUGCAGAGCUAGGAGAGCAAAGAAACUGGACCGAGAAACCAGAGCCCCACAUCCCCGAAAUUCUUACAGCUGGAGAACCUGUAACCCUGAUCUGUACCGUCAAAGGUGCCUGCAAAGAGAGCCAAGCCCUCUUCCCCACCCGGAAAGGGCCCACCACAUCCUCCAACACAGCUGUCUCCACGCGCCCCAGGCUGCUCGGUUUCUCUUGUUCCUGGGGAAGGACACUGCAGUGCAGCUGCUCCUUCCACGGGAUCCCCACCCCCUCCGUGCAGUGGCGGAUGGGAGAUGUUCCUGUGGACGUGAACAGCAUGCAUGACGUCCUCCAAGUGACGUCGGUCACAUUUGCCUUCUGGGCCAACAGCACCAUCAUCUCACUUGGGAAGCCAGAAGUGGUCACGAGCCUUCACUAUAAGAAUUACAGUUCCAGUACGUUCAUGAAAGGGCUUAUCCAGGGCAUCGUGUACGGGGCCAUUGCAUCAGCCCUGCUCUUCCUCUUCCUCAUCCUCCUCGUGUAA